AUGCGAAUUGCCCAAGAUCAGCAACAAAGCUAUGCCAACACUCGAAGGAGAGACCUCGAAUUCGAAGUCAGAGACUCCGUAUUCUUGAAAGUGGCGCCUUUAAAAGGAAUUAUGCGAUUUGGGAAAAAGGGAAAAUUAGCACCGCGAUUUAUCGGCCCAUUCGAAAUUUUCGACAAAGUUGGUACCCGCGCCUACCGACUAGCCUUACCACCCAAUUUAUCAAACUUUCACAAUGUCUUUCACGUUUCCAUGCUUCGAAAAUACAUUCGCAGUCCAGACCACGUAUUGAAAACCGAACCGGUCGAACUAAACCCUAACCUUUCUUACGAAAAGAAACCUUCCCAAAUACUUGAUUUCAAAACCAAAACUCUUCGAAACCGAGACCUAAAAUUCCUUAAAAUCCUUUGGCAAAACCAUACACCCGAAGAAGCCACGUGGGAACGAGAAGAAGAAAUGCGCGAAAAUUUCCCCGAGUUGUUCAG